CCCAGAGAAGAGAGAGAGAAAGACAGGCAGAGAGAGAGAGGGAGAGAACGAGAGAGGGAGAACAAGAGAGAACCAUAGACAAGAGAGAAGAGGUCAAGAAAACUUCAUCCAACAUGGCUCCUUGGACGAAGACCACUGUGGAGAGAUAUGGCGUAGCUAAGUGGAAUUUCAGAGGCAGUGGGGAGAAGCACCUGUCUCUGGAGGUGGGGGACACUGUCCACAUACAGGAAUCCUGUGAAGGCUGGUACAAGGGCUACCUGACCAAGAACAAAUCACGGCAGGGGGCAUUUCCAGCCAGUAUUGUCCACGUGAAGGACGUUAUCAUAAAGAAAAAGGGUGGGCAAGAUGUGGUGACUUCAGCAGAGAUGCCCCUAGUAAAAGAGGUGACCACCACACUGCGGGAAUGGGGAACUAUCUGGAAGAACCUUUAUGUGAUGAAUAAAAAGGAGCGUGUGCUGCAGGUUCAGAGGCUGAUGUGGGACCUGAUGGAGUGGCGCUCCCAGCUACUGUCUGGCACGUUGCCCAGCGACGAGUUUAAGGAGCUCAAGCAGAAGGUCACUUCCAAGAUCGACUACGGCAACAAGAUCCUGGAGCUGGACUUGGUGGUUCGGGAUGAGAACGGGAACAUCAUGGACCCGGAGAACACCAGCGUCAUCAGCCUGUUCCGGGCGCACGAAGACGCCACCGUGAAGAUCACAGAGCGCAUCAAAGAGGAACAGAGUAACACCCAGGCAGAUCACUCAGGGAUCUCUGCGAGGAUCCAGUCGUCCCCCACUCACAGUCUCUACGUCUUCGUCCGCAACUUUGUGUGCCGCAUCGGAGAGGAUGCCGAGCUCUUCAUGUCCCUCUACGACCCCAACAAACAGGCUGUCAUCAGUGAGAACUACCUGGUGCGGUGGGGAAGUAAAGGUUUUCCCAAGGAUAUUGACAUGCUGAACAACUUGAAGGUUGUCUUCACAGACCUGGGAAACAAAGACCUGAGCAGGGAGAAGAUCUACCUCAUCUGUCAGAUCGUGCGGGUGGGACGCAUGGACCUGAAGGAGACGAACACGAAGAGGUGCACGCAGGGCCUGCGCCGGCCGUUCGGAGUCGCAGUAAUGGACAUCAGUGACAUUAUCAAAGGGAAGACGGAGUGCGACGAGGAGAAACAGUACUUCAUCCCCUUCUACCCGGUUGUGGCCGAGAAUGACUUUCUGCACGCUCUGCUUAACAAAGUGACGACGGCCCGAGGAGACAGCGGAGGACAAGGGCUUUGGGUGACGAUGAAGGCCCUGGUGGGCGACAUCCUGCAGAUUCGGAAGGAGUACCCCCACCUGGUGGACCGCAGCACCGUGGUGGCCCGUAAGCUGGGCUUCCCAGAGAUCAUCAUGCCGGGCGACGUGCGCAACGACAUCUACCUGACGCUGGCGGCCGGCGACUUCGACAAAUACAACAAGACCACGCAGAAAAACGUGGAGGUCAUCAUGUGGGUGUGCGACGAGGAGGGCAAGGUGGUGCCGAACUCCAUCUGUCUGGGUGCCGGAGUUAAGCCCUCCAACGAGUACAGAUCUGUCAUCUACUACCAGGUGAAGCAGCCUCGCUGGAUGGAGACGUUCAAGGUGGCAAUCCCGCUGGAGGAGAUGCAACGGAUUCAUCUUCGCUUUAUGUUCCGCCACCGCUCUUCCCUGGAGUCCAAGGAUAAGAGCGAGAAGAACUUUGCCAUGGCCUUCGUGCGUUUGAUGAAGGAGGAUGGUACAGUCCUACAGGACGGGAUUCAUGACCUUGUGGUCUUCAAGGGGGACAGUAAGCGGAUGGAGGACGUGGGCUCCUACCUCUCCCUGCCCUCCACGCGUCAGCACGGCGAUGUCCACAAGGGGGCGGGGCUCAUGCGCAGUGGCAGCAGUGUGGGGGCGCUGUCAAUCAGCUCCAGGGACAGCUUUACCAUCUCCACCCUGGUCUGCUCCACAAAGCUGACUCAAAAUGUGGGUCUGCUGGGCCUGUUGAAGUGGCGUACGCGUCCUGAGAUGCUGAAAGAGAAUCUGGAAAAGUUGAAAAUGAUUGAUGGAGAGGAGGUGGUGAAGUUCUUGCAGGACACUCUGGACGCCCUGUUCAACAUAAUGAUGGAGCAUUCCCAGACUGAUGACUACGAUAUCCUGGUGUUUGAUGCGUUGAUUUACAUCAUAGGUCUGAUUGCCGACAGGAAGUUUCAACACUUUAACACAGUGCUGGAGGCCUACAUCAAGCAGCAUUUCAGUGCCACACUUGCUUACAAGAAGUUGAUGUCAGUGCUGAAGACUUAUUUGGAUGUGUCGAGUCGUGGGGAACAGUGCGAACCCAUCCUCCGGACACUGAAGGCCCUGGAGUACAUCUUCAAAUUCAUCGUUCGAUCCAGAAUGCUCUAUUCACAACUGUAUGAAGGGAAAGAGCAGACUGAAUUUGAAGAUUCUCUGAGAAGAUUGUUUGAGUCCAUCAACAACCUGAUGAAGAGUGACUACACCACUACCCUUUUGUUGCAGGUCGCUGCGCUGAAGUACCUGCCGACGGUGCUGCAUGACGUGGAGACCGUUUUCGAUGCCGGCCUGCUGAGUGAGCUGUUGUUUGACUUUUAUACCUGCAUCCGCCUUGACAAACUGCAGAAAUAUAAAGUGGCAUCCAUGACAGAGAUCGUGGGCAGCAAACUCUUCCGGAAACAAGCGUGCCGUGACAUCCUCCUACCCAUGAUGCUGCGGGAGCUGAGCAUUGCGCUGACGGAGGUGGGGAGCAAGUCACCUGACGAUGGCAAAAACAGUGUGGAGCUUCUCAACAACAUCCUGGAGGUGCUGAGCAGGAAAGACGUGGGUGAGACCUUCAAGCACAUUCAGGACAUUGUGCUCACCCUCCUAAGGACCAUAAACCGUACUGUGAUCAUCAUGGGCCGAGAACAUGCCCUCAUUUCUCGAGUGGUUGCCUGCAUGACGGCCAUUCUCAGCCAGAUGGAUGAUCGACAUUACUCCAGUUACAUUGAAACUUUCAAUGGAAGCGAUGACCUGGUGGACUUCCUCAUGGAAACUUUCCUGCUGUUUAAGGAUCUGAUCGGAAAACAUGUAUACCCAUCAGACUGGAUGGCCAUGAUCAUGGUACAAAACAGAGUCUUUCUCGGAGCCAUCAAUACCUAUGCUGACACCAUGAACCUCAAAUUCCUGGACAACAACAACUUUGAAGUGCAGUUGUGGAAUAAUUAUUUCCAUUUGGCUGUGGCAUUCAUUACCCAAGAGUCCUUGCAGCUUCAGCACUUCUCUCCUACUAAGAGGAACAAGAUCCUCGCCAAAUAUGGGGACAUGAGAAGAUUGAUUGGCUUUGCAAUUCGGGACAUGUGGUACAAACUGGGGGUGAAUAAGAUCUGCUUCAUCCCUGGGAUGGUGGGGCCCAUCCUGGAGAUGACUCUGAUCCCUGAGGAGGAGCUCCGCAGGGCCACCAUCCCCAUCUUCUUCGACAUGAUACAGUGUGAGCACGGACACUCUGGCCACUUCAGAAAGUUUGAGAAUGAGAUCAUUUUGAAGCUUGACCACGAGGUGGAGGGAGGCGGAGGAGACGAACGUUACAUGGAGCUUCUGCAGACAAUCCUGCUGGAGUGUGCGUCAGACUGGCCCCAGCUGGUCCCCCAGGUGCAGCACUUUGUGACCCUGGUGAGGGGGCUGCUGGAACGCCUGCUGGACUACAGGGCCGUCAUGAGCGACGAGAGCCGCAACAACCGCAUGAGCUGCACUGUCAAUCUCCUGAAUUUCUACAACGACAUCAACCGUGAAGGAAUGUAUAUCAGGUACCUGUACAAGCUAAGAGAUCUUCAUUUGGACACUGAGAACUUCACUGAAGCCGCAUACACCUUGCUACUGCACUCACGUCUGCUCAAGUGGUCAGAGGACCAGUGUAGCCCGCAGAUGGAUUUCUCCAGUUCUCAGACGCAGCGGCAGCUUAAGGAGACUCUCUACAAUAAAAUCAUUGGGUACUUCGACAAGGGCAAGAUGUGGGAGGAGGCUAUUGCUCUCUGUAAGGAGCUGGCUGAACAGUAUGAGAUGGAGGUGUUUGACUACGAGCUACUGAGUCAGAGUCUGACACAGCAGGCAAAGUUUUAUGAAAACAUCAUGAAAAUCCUGCGGCCAAAACCAGACUAUUUUGCUGUGGGGUACUAUGGCUGUGGAUAUCCCCCAUUUCUGAGGAAUAAGGUGUUUAUCCACCGGGGGAAGGAGUACGAGCGACGAGAGGACUUCCAGAGCCAGCUGAUGAGCCAGUUCCCCAGUGCUGUGCGCCUCAACACCACCAGCACACCUGGAGAGGACAUCCGCAACUCCCAACUGCAGUACAUCCAGUGUUUCACAGUUCAGCCAGUUCUGGAGAUUCCCCCUCGCCUGAAGAACAAGCCUGUGCCCGACCAGAUCAUCAAUUUCUACAAAUCCAACUACGUGCAGCGUUUCCACUACUCCAAACCAGUGCGCAAGGGUUCUGUGGACCCCGACAAUGAAUUUGCUUCGAUGUGGAUUGAACGCACCACCUUCCUCACAGCCUACAAACUCCCUGGAAUUCUUCCCUGGUUUGAAGUCACCAACACAACGCAUAUGACAAUCAGUCCUUUGGAGAAUGCUAUUGAGACCAUGGGGACCACCAAUGAGAAAAUCCUGACCAUGAUAAACCAGUAUCAGGGUGAUGACAGUCUUCCCAUAAACCCACUCUCUAUGCUGCUCAAUGGUAUCGUGGACCCUGCUGUCAUGGGUGGCUUUGCCAAGUAUGAGAAGGCAUUCUUCACAGAAGAGUAUGUGCAGAAGCAUCCAGAAGACAAAGACAAGCUGGUUCAUCUCAAAGACCUCAUUGCCUGGCAGACUCCCUUACUGGCUAGAGGUAUCAGCCUGCAUGGCAGAAGGGUAACGGACGACCUUCGACCUUUCCAUGACCGCAUGGAAGAGUGUUUCAAACAGCUGAAACAGAAGGUGGAGAGGGAGUAUGGAACAAGAGAACUGCCGGAUAUGGAUGACCGCAGGUCCAGCCGCCCUCGGUCUGUGAUGCGCUCCUACCGUCAGUCCAUCAUAUCCAUCGCCUCACUGGGGGGCUCCUCUGAGUGUGGGACCCCCACCAAGACACAUCCUGACAGUCUGCUCCCUGAAUCCCCAACCCCCCGGACCCCCACCCUGCAGCGGUCCAGUGGAAGCGUCAGCGCGGUGGAGGAGGGGGCCACAGGAGAGGGGGAGGUUCGUCUGCGCAAAUCCAAGAAGAGGCAGAAGAGGAGCAGCAUGAUCUUCAUCAGUGAGGAGAAAGAAAGGACAAGCACUUUGGAUAGCAAGAGGCUGUCAAAGAAGCAGGAGUUCCGCAGUGACACAAACCUGUCAGACGCCAGCGAGAACAGCACUGCUCUGACCAGUACCAACUCCAGAUCCCUGCCUACUAUCACAGGUUUGUCUCUGUCAGUGGCCAAUGGGGGGGAGGAAGGAGAGACUGCGCGCUCUCGCCGGGACAGUAAGAGCGUGUCCGUCUGCCUCCCAACGGACCGCACUCCUGACCGCCGCUCCAAAGGGGUCAUCAACCUUUUCUUCAGGGCCAAGCACAGCUCCAAGUCUGAGGAGGGGAAACCACCGGCUGAGCCAGCUGCAGAGAAAUCCUCUUCUCAUUUUUGAUUCGUCUUCAUGACCUAAGCUCCACCCCUUUCCUCUCUGUCUCUUUAGCCCAACCCCCAUCUCAGCCUUUACAACCACAUCAGCCCCACUGUCAUUCUUAUUUUUAUAGAACAAGCUUUUGUUGAUCAUUUUGAGAGCACCGUUAAGUAUUUUAUAAUAGUUACAUAGUCCUGAAUAUAUUUUUAGCAAUUAAGGGCCAAUAAACAAUCCUCACCUGUAUUCAAGUGAUCCUUUUAUAAUUUCUAAUGGUUUGGAUGUUAAGAUUUAUUUGAAAUGAAUUUAUCUAGCUAUAUUAACAUUUGCUUUGUGUGUUUGUAUCGGCGUUUAUUUUGAAAUUGGCUGAAAGAAAUAAACCAUUGUUUUGUUA